AUGGCGGAUAUAGUGAAACAGAUCCUCACAAGACCGAUCCAGUUAGCGGAUCAAGUCAUAAAAUCUGCAGAUGAAGCCUGCAUCAACAAACAAGACUGCUCUGAACUCAAAUCCAAAACUGAAAAGCUCGCCGGCCUCCUCCGGCAAGCCGCUCGUGCCAGCAGCGAUCUGUACGAACGUCCGACCAAACGUAUAAUCGAUGAUACAGAACAAGUGCUUGAUAAAGCACUAUCUCUAGUGCUUAAAUGCCGGAAUAACGGAAUCGUCAAGCGUGUUUUCACUAUCAUCCCCGCUGCUGCCUUCCGAAAGAUGUCGUCUCAACUCGAGAACUCAAUCGGCGACGUUUCGUGGCUCCUCCGUGUCUCCGCGCCCAAUAAUUCCACCGAUGAAUACCUAGGUCUACCUCCUAUAGCAGCUAACGAACCGAUUUUGUGUCUGAUUUGGGAACAGAUCGCUAUUUUAUACACCGGAACCCUAGAUGACCGGUCAGACGCGGCGGCGUCGCUUGUCUCGCUGGCGCGUGAUAACGAUCGUUACGGGAAGCUGAUAAUCGAAGAAGGCGGAGUCAAUCCGUUGCUGAAAUUGGUGAAAGAGGGGAAAUUAGAAGGUCAAGAGAAUGCUGCGUUAGCAAUCGGAUUACUAGGUCGAGAUCCGGAAAGCGUUGAACACAUGAUUCACGCCGGUGUUUGCUCCGUUUUCGUCAAAAUCCUCAAAGAAGGUCCGAUGAAGGUGCAAGCCGUCGUCGCCUGGGCUGUUGCAGAGCUCAUUUCACAUUACCCUAAAUGCCAAGAUCUCUUCGCACAGCAUAACAUUGUGAGAUUACUGGUUGGGCAUUUGGCAUUUGAAACAGUGGAAGAACACAGUAAGUACGCUAUUACCAGUAACAAACCAACUUCGAUUCAUGCUGUUGUUCUUGCUAGCAAUAACACUACCAACAACUCCUGUGGCUUCAACACGAAUCAAGUCUACAAAACAGAUGAAGAUGAUAAGCCUCGAGUUUCUCAUCCUACUGGGCCUUACAGUCAACAACCAUUCAGGAUGCAUAGUGUUGUAGCCAGUACAAUGGCGAUGAAGAACGCGAAUAAAAAAACAGAAACCGUUAUCAAAAAGCAAACUCAACAUCAUCAUCACCCAAGCGUCUCAUUAUCCGCUAACAGUUUACAUAAAGGAAGAGAAUUAGAAGAUCCCGCAACAAAAGCUUACAUGAAAGCCAUGGCAGCAAAAGCACUCUGGCAUCUCGCAAUAGGAAACUCCGCCAUUUGUCGAAGCAUAACAGAAUCAAGAGCUUUGCUUUGUUUCGCUGUUCUCUUAGAAAAAGGUCCAGAAGACGUCCAAUACAACUCUGCAAUGGCGCUAAUGGAAAUUACAAGCGUAGCAGAACAAGAUUCCGAACUGAGAAGAUCCGCUUUCAAACCAAACGCUCCUGCUUGCAAAGCAGUAAUCGACCAACUCCUAAAAAUCAUAGAAAAAGCAGACUCGAAACUUCUUCUUCCAUGUAUAAACGCAAUCGGAAACUUAGCAAGAACAUUUCGUGCAACCGAAUCACAAAUGAUCCAACCCCUGGUUCAACUUCUUGACGAAAGAGAAGCUGAGAUAACAAAAGCAGCAGCCAUAGCUUUAACAAGAUUCGCAUGUUCAGAAAACUACCUCCAUCUUGAUCAUUCAAAGGCGAUUAUCAGCCAUGGAGGAGCUAAACAUCUGGUUCAGUUAGUCUACUUUGGGGAACAAAUGGUUCAAACCCCUGCUUUGGUGUUGUUAUGCUACAUUGCGCUUCAUGUUCCAGAUAGCGAAGAUCUUGCAAAAGCUGAAGUUCUUACUGUUCUUGAAUGGGCUUCCAAGCAAUCUUUACUGAUUCAAGAUGAAAUGGUGGAGUCUCUUUUACAGAACUCCAAAGGUAGGUUGGAACUCUAUCAAUCUCGUGGGUCCAGGGGUUUUCAUUAA